GCUCCGCCUCUGCCAGGAGCGGAUCCGAACGCAGUCGCCGACCCCGCCGGUCAAUCCGCCGCGCCGCCUCCAGGGCAUCAAUGUCUUCGGCAGCGAGCGGGAACUCGCGGAGGAAGCGGCGGCCUUCGCCGUGUCUUCGCUGUUGAGCCGCGUACAGCUGCGAAUGAAGGCUGCCGAGGAACAAGCCAAGGACCGGGUCAAGCAUGGCGCUGCGAGCCAGUAUCAACUCCGUGUUUUGUGUUCGACAACGUUGGCGAAUACAAGCAGUGCAAGAGUGCAAGAGCACUUUUCCCAUCCCCGACAAUCGGAUCGGCACUGUUGGACAUGUGCAAAUGCUUGUCGGAAGCUCACAACUGCAGUCUGUCUUUGGUUUGUGCAAGAGAUUUGCUCCGGUCUGUCGCUAUCCACGGUCCACCGCAGGGAGUUAUGCUCAAGUAAUCUGAUAAUGGUUUCUACCGUGCAUUUGCAGAUGUUGGCGAUUUGGUUGGCGGCUGCAGUCUGCACGGGCCUUGCCCAGGAAUGUGCAGGAGAAUCCGCAUGCAGCAGGGGCAGCGAUGCAGAUGACAUCGAGCAGACAGACUUGUGGCUUCUGCAAGUGCACCAGAACGUGUCGCAAGUGGAUGAGGUUGUGUCGAACCGGAGUGUCCUGGCCUCCAAUGCUACAGAGAAUCAAUCUCAUGUGGCUUUGGCCCAGAGCGAGGCCGGGCGUUCCCUCCAAGCCGCGGCCGUUGCAAGCAGCAGCCUUACUGGCCUCAAUGCCCAGAGCGUUUUUGUAGACCUUACCGUCACCAUCUUGAUCAUCCUGCUCCUUGGAGUCCUCUACAAGAUGUCCAUGGCUCAAGAGACCUUCGACCAGCCGGAGAUGCCAGGCUCCAAAGCCAGGAGCAUGACCAAAUCCGGGGAGAUCGUUCCAGUUCCCAUCUUGUGCCCACACUUCCAGCGUGAACAGCAAACAGACCAUCAAUUUCGCUUGGAAGUGGCCCAAGUCGUGGACGAUCAGAGAGCUACCUUCCCCAUCCAAAGCGAGAAGAACAUCACCUUGCUGACAGUGACUUUGUCAGAGGGUCGCAUGAUGAAGAUCAAGUCUGUUCACGCAGACGGGCCAGGUGUGCUUCUUCGAGGUGCGUCCACGGCGACCGAUGUCCUGAUGACCGUCUAUUCCGAGAACGGAAGCUAUUUUGGCAAGGUUGCACGAGGAGUCCAGGGUGGGGUGGUCUUCUACCACAUGCAGAAGCCAUGCGCAGAGUUCAAGACCGAAGAAGGGCCCCUGAACUUCUCCAUCGUCCCUCUCCAGGAUCCCAAGCAGAAGAUUGCAAGCAUCCGCCGGAGCGACCCACACAUGCACAUCCAUGUGAAAGCAGGCAACGACGCUGUGCUCCUCCUUGGCUGCAUCCUCGGCAUCGUCUGCCUGGAGCCCACCUUGGUAAAGCUCAUGGCUCGUGAGGAGCAAGAGGAGCUGGAGAAGCAGAGGGAGCGAAGGAAGCAGGCCAAAAAAGGCCGGCAGUCGCCUGCGCCGCCCAGCGGAUCUCCCUCGACUGGCGCGGAUCUUCCGAGAACCUUGGAAAAUCCUGGCAACGCUGUACGCACCAGCCCAGCCGCAGCUUCUGUCAUGCAAUGCAGUCGGGAAGGGCUUGUUGCGGUAAGGGAUUCUGCUCGGUGGGCCAACAUGAAGAAGCCCGAGCGACCCAAGGAACCGAGCAAGCAGCCGGUGCCUGGCCAGAGCUCCGCAGAAGCCACCGGCGCACCUGGCCCACCACACACAGGCAGCCUCGGACCAGCAGAGCGCCCGGGAACUUCCCCACCACCGCACACCGGAAGCCCGGAGACGGUUCCGAUGGAGGUGCCGACCGAUCCAUCCCAGAUGUCGGAAGCAUCCUCAUCCGGUCCUUCCGAUGCGGCGCAUACCAAGCCACAGGCAGCCCGAGCUCAGCGACUUAGCGAGAACAGAGAUGUCUUGUUCAGACAGAUGUGA